AUGGACUCGCCGAAGAGGGCACGGAAUCGUGCCGCCUGUAAACGCUGCCAGCGACGGAAAAUCCGCUGUGAUGGAAAUAUUCCCUCCUGCAGCUCCUGCUUAAAGGCUGGCGUUCCAUGCAUCAAUGAUGGCAAGCAGGAGGUUCACAGAUCGCACAUCGCAGGCAUGGAGAAUCGAAUCAAGUGGCUUGAGUCCAUUGUACAAAAUAGAUGCCCCGAUAUCGACUUAAGCUGCGGCCCUGGAAGCGCACGAGAAUCACUGGACGAUGGAAUGCAGACGGAAACGGUCAAUGAACCCACAGAACCUUACACCAGAGAUUACCACCAAGCAUCGCAUGACCCCCUUCAGGCAAGCAGAAACCCACAAAUUGAGGUUAGUCCACGGGUUGUGAUUACCGGGGACCAGGAAGCUUCACGCGCUUGUUCACAACCUGCAGUAAAUGAGGAAUCUCAUCAAGCGCACGAGAUCGGGCUCGUGUCCCUAUCUCCAGGAGGUGAGCGUCGGUAUAUCGGCCCCUCCAGUGGCUAUUUCUUUGCGAAACGGAUUCUCGAUAAUGCUGGUUGCCGUGGUGGCCCAAGGAUCUCAACGACUGCCGCCUUAGACUCUGCUCAUCUGUCUCUUGAGCUUUUAAAUACCCCAGCGGCAAUGCCGGUUCAGAAGCAAAGCACAAUUGAACUAACGACCAAAUACUUUCAAACAAUCCACCUUCUAUACCCCUUUCUACAUGAACAGAUGCAUAUGGACGCCAUCAACCGGGUUUACGCAUGUCAGGACAAGAACCCGCUGGAAACGUUCCAAGUUUAUAUGGUUUUGGCCAUCGCUUCUCUGAAUCUCUCACGCCAAUGCAAGGUGCGUCUCCCGGUUGAGGGAUAUUACGCGUCGGCGAUGAAGCAUGUCGACUAUGUCUGCAACCACGGUUCCGUGACGUCCCUCCAGUGCUUACUUCUCCUGAUGGUAUAUGCAUUAUACAAUCCGAGCUGCAAUAUCGACAUCUGGAAUCUCAAUUAUCAGUGCCUCGCGAGCGUGAUUGACCUGGGGCUUCAGCGUGACGUUCGAGCUUCUUCAACAUUACAAAUAUCGAUGUUCGAUCAAGAGAUGCGAACGCGUAUAUUCUGGGUUGUUUACACGUUCGAUCGAACAGUAUGCACUAUGAUGGGCCGACCGAUUGGCAUUAGAGACGAGGCCUGCGAUAUCAGGUUUCCCCUCGCGAUAUCGGAUCAUGACCUUAUCAAGAUUGGCAAGGAUACUCAGACGUACGGAGAGUCAACUUCCCACAUGUCGUACUCAAUCCACCUAUUUAAGUUAGCUCAGUUGAACUCGGAGAUAAAGUACAUCAUGCAUAGCAUCAACCGCAGCGUUCCAGCUUAUGCGCUCCCAGUCAUCCGAGACAUUCUAAGCUGGCAACAAGAAAUGGUCCAGUCCUUGGACAGCUGGUUCGCUGCAAUCCCUCCACAACCGCCCGGUGUCAGCGCGGAGAUAGUGCUCUUAUGCAAGGCAAAAUAUCACGAGACAAUGAUUUUGUUAUUACGGUCAAGUCCUGGGAUUCCAAACCCGUCUGACGCAGUCCUUGACGAAUGCUUCAACCAUGCCCUUGGUCUACUUCGAAAGUUCAGCGAGCUCUACACGAUAGGGAGUCUCCUUUACAGCCGACUAGCUGUGCACUCAAUCUUCGUCGGUGCCCUGGUAAUGCUUAAUUGCAUAUGGAAACUGCCAGCGGCAGCCGCGAGGGUCCCUGUGGACGAGUUGAUCUCGAACUUCAAUACCACACAGAAUAUCCUCAGUGGCAUCGGCGAGCACUGGUCUGAGGCUAUGAGAGCGCGCGAUUGCGUCAAAGAGCUAUCCACCGCGACGAUUCAGAGGCUAUUGAGAACGCAGCCAGGUCAACCACAGUCAUCUACGUCACAGCCAUUAUACUAUCCUAUCCACAGAAGUACUGGUCAAGCUGCGAUAGAAGGGCACGCAGAUGUUCAUGGAGCCGCAAUUCACGUGACUCAUAGCGAGCUAAAUACGGGUUUCGAUCCAUCUGCUUCCAAUUCUGAGUUCUCAAACCUGUUUGAUGAUUUCCUGCAGGGCGAUUUUAUGGGUUAUAGCGGAAUGUCUGAUAUUGAUGGGCUCAUGUGGGAGAUAUUUAACAGCGCUGCACCAUGA